ACUACUCACAACAACAGCAGUCCAAGCAGAAGAGCAGGGCCAGCAAACAGCCAGCGACUGCAAAAAGAGGACGCGAGUCGCUGCGACGACAGGAGAUACGAGAUAAAGCCCCGCACGGUUCAAGCAGAAACAGCCAGUGCUCGCAGGUUUCUCAAGGACAGCAGCAGCAGUGGGCGCGAACCGCUUCGUUCUGAGGCAGUCUAUACGCGCCCUCCCCACGAGGUGGUAGGCUGCGGAAAAGAGAGAAACACAUCGCCGGCUGCUGCUUCCUGGACACAUCUACAUCACGUCGACAUAUAUCUAGCUGAAUCAAGACCCACGGACUACACGUCUCUAUCACCAUGGACGAGGUAUUGAUAGAGGCACCUCAUGUCGUACAGACGAUGGAAGCGAUUCUCUCGAGCGAGAAUUAUGUCUACGAGAGUCAAGAGAUGGACAACAUGACCCUGCUCAGGGCGCGUUUCCGAGAGAGGUACACCAUCACCUUCUCCUGCACGCAGGAGAACUCGGUUCGCAGCACACUGAGGGCAAUCCUAGGCGACAAAAUCGAAACCCAGCGACAGCGGAGCGUGGCGGCGACGUACAUUGCCAAGGCCAACUUUCGUCUCAACGUUGGACAAUUUCGGAUUGAUCUGACGGACGGCGAGGUGGUCUUCCACUCCACUCAGCCGCUCAAGGGCAUGACUCUCGGGGAUUGCAUCCCCCUCCUCCAAUCUUGGUUCAAAGCUUUCAUGGCCACUUUUGCCGUCUAUCGCCAUGGCAUGAAAGCCCUUAUCGAAGGACGGAGCAUUGAGGCCGCAGAGGGGGUCGUGGACCAAACGUUGUCCUCAAUACGCAGUGGAUCUAGCUCCUCGCCUUCAGAAGCGCCGACGGCGAAGAUAACGUCGUCAUUCGUCACGCAGGCGAUGGAGGACAUCUUCAAGGGAAGGGACUACGUCUACGAAGUGAUGCAGUCCGACUCCUCCGUCACCACGCUGAAAGCGAAGUUCACGGGAGGGUACACGGUACGGUUCAUGUGCAAACCUGGAAACAACAUUCGCAGCACUAUGCUCGCAGUACUCGACGACAAGGUCGGCGACGAGCGGCAGCGGAGCGUCGUCGCGACGUACUUUGCCCAGGUUAACUUUAGUCUCAACAACGGAAAGUUCGAGCUCGACAUGCGUGACGGCGAGGUGAUGUACAACUGCACCCUGCCUCUUGAGGGAAUGACGCAAUCAGACUGCGCUCAUCUUCUUCGAUCAUGGUUCUCGGUGUUCAUGGCGACUUUCUACGUCUUCAUGCCCUCACUGAAACUCAUCAUCGGGGGAGGGAGCAUCGAAGACGCGAACGCGGCAAAAGCCAGGUUGUUGGAAGAGGAACGCGGCGGCGGUAGCUCUCGUCGCCCGGCACCCGAACCCGAACCGGUCUCGUCGUCGUCGUCUUCUUCAACGACGACGACGACGACGACGUCGUCUGCUCCGGUUCCCCAACCUCCGCCGGUGCAACCUUCACGGGCCGUCGAGAACUCUGUCGCCGCCAGGGCAUUUAAGGACCUGCUGCUCGAACGCGGGGACUGCAGCUCGCUGGAAUCGGACGUUGAGGGUGCCUCGCACGUGGUGCAGGGCGUGUACGACUACAAGGGUACUACGGCCGUGAUCUGGGCCUGCGACAAGACGGACGAGAAGAUACUGGAGGUCCGGGUCUUCAUGGUGGAUGCCGUUCCCCCGCACCGAGUGGAACCGCUGUCACGACUCAUCGAAAAAGUGAACACCAACAGCGCCGUCGGGGGCUUCAAGCUCGACAAGGAGAACGGACGGCUGUACUACGGGUACAGCGUUCCGUACGGUGGUCUAACGGAUGGCCAGCUCACGGUCCUCGUCAGGGGAAAGUCCCUCCAGCUUUGCCUUGGGACCCACCUGGAAUUCCUCCCGUCGAUUAAAGCCGUCAUCCACGACAGCGCUCCCGUCCCCUCCUCCGUCGACAUGCUCCGGUCUACGUACCACACGACGAGGGACAACCCGCAGUCUGACUUUCACAAGAACGAGCUGGUGCCGACGGGACGGCACGAAGGCCCUUCGGCUGCCACCAUGCCGGGCGUGAAUCGCCCCCGACCGCCGCCACCCGCCUACGGGUUCGGGACGGCCCCGAGUUCGCGGGACAUCAAGGACGCGGCGGGGGCGAUGCCGCGCGUGCCACAGCUGGCGGUCGAAGACCUGGACUUUCAGGACGAGGCGGGCAGGGGUGGCAUGGGGUUCGUGAGGAAGGCGGUGUACCGGAAGGGCGCCGAGGUGGCGGUGAAAGAACUCCUGCCAAGCCUGGCGAAGGACGACUACGACCUGUUCGUGAGAGAGAUGCGGGUACACUUCAGCAUCCCGUCGUUCCCACACAUCGUGCCCAUGGUGGGAGUCACUCAAAGGAGCAAGUCCGACCGCGCGCUGCGGCUUGUGACGGACUGGUGUAACGGCGGUUCCCUGCAGACCCUGCUCAACGACGCGUUUGGUGGAGACGAAAUGGAGGUUAUCACCUACGGUGACGCGUUGAAGUAUGCUCGCCACAUCGCCGCGGGGGUUGACCACCUUCACCGCCACAAGCUCCUUCACCUCGACCUCAAGCCAGGCAAUGUCAUGCUCGACAGAGCCGGCGGCGGGGGCAAAGCGAAGCUGACGGACUUCGGCCUGGCCAAGAUCAUCUCGAACGGUACCCAAACAUCCAACCGCAUGCUAGGCGGAACAUUCGGUUUCAUGGCGCCUGAGGUCAUCGAGCCGGGAAAGUUCACGAAGGAAUGGAGGAGCGGCCCUCACACCGACGUCUUCGCGUUGGGCGUCACCGUCUUCCUGCUGUUCACCGGCUACCACCGCCCCUACAAGCCCGAUGUUUCGGGGCAUGCUAUCAACCAGGAGGUGUGCCGGGGUCUCCGCCCCGAAUUUCCCGCCGGAUUUUCCUGGCCUGGAGGAAGCCGCGUAACUGAGCGGGUCCAGAACCUCAUCCAGGGGUGCUGGGCGAACGAUCCGGAGAAGCGUCCAGCGGUGGACUACAUUCUCAACACCCUCUACCAGAUAGAAUCCAUGGUCAAGGACGCCGACGGCAUGGAGCGAGCAAUCUCUCCGCAGACCUUGCCAAUCGUUUCCUCCUUCAGGUUGUGAUACGAGCAGGACCGUGGCAUGGCUGCUACUAUUUGUAACGUACGCAAUGCGUGACACAACGAGCAGCACGCGAAAAGCUAUGAAAAACCUGGAUUGAUUGAUCAGGUCGUUAGUCCGCUCAUCUGCCGCAUGGCAUUCGGCAUGACCAUACAGUGGUCCUAUUUCCCGCUCGCUGGCCAUCUACAUGUGAAGUCUGGCGCGGCAGCGAGGCGUUUUUUUUUUCCCUCUGCGUUUCGUAUAUCACCAUCGUAUAGUAAGCGCCAUUGAAAGCGUUAGGUUUCACGGGAGAACGGGAGCCCUACGCAUAAGCGAGUGGCACUACUGACCUAAUUCAAGGGCAUGUUGUCCCUGCCGUGACUUUGGAUAUUAGGGGAGAUUCCGAGGUACCGAGGUUGAGAUUUUCUUUGCGUGAACACGUUAGUAAGUAGCAGGCUCUUUGCCAGAUAGAGCUGGGGUUGGGCCUCCAGCCUCGACAUGAUGUGCUGAUUUUGGUUGACUUGUACGGCGUCCAGGGUAGUACGUACGGCGAUGUGCAGGAUAGUGAUACACGGGUAUGAUUGUGCCGCUACCACCGCGAUGAUGAUGUUGAUGAUUAUGAUAUGCUCCUCCGUUGUGGGCAGACUUUCUUGGACUUGAUGUGUAGGCUUGCGUCUUCCUCUUCGGUACUGAACGAAGCAUGCUACUACCCAGGAUGCCUGACAGCGACAUACAUGGUCAGCCCCCCCAGAUGCAUGAUCGUAUGUCGAAUGAGUGUUGCUGCGUAUCUUGCCGCCCCCACCCCCCUGCAUAUCCCCCCCAUAUACGUAAAAGCUGAAGUAGGAUAGAAGCUCAGCAGUGUGAGGUGGUACGAGUAGCAGAGAAGCGACAGUGCGAGUGAGGAGGGCAAAGGCGUGAGCAGGAAGACUUCGUAUCGAGCUUCGUUUGCGAUAAACCGCUCUGUGUUCACCCAUCUAUACCAUAUGCUGUUCCCUUCAAUACAUGAAUACAUAUUGUUCCUUCCUCCCUAUGUUGUUUAUGGCCUGCUUUUUUUCCCUGUUCUUCUCCUUGGUUCGUUACGGUAUUACCUGUUCUCGUAUCCCCUCCUAUUUCUCUGACUGUCGUGGUUGUCGUGUUGUCUACUUUCUGGAUCUGUUCGGGCUUCUUGCGUAUACUUUCAAGUAUUUGUUUUGUGUUUUCUCGACUUGUUCUUUCGAGCCGCCAGUAUUUCCGCGUUUUUUGCAAGUUUAGGCCACCACCAAAGAUAUCACCCCCUGGUGGGCGGUACGCCUGCUUUCUGUAUGCACUGUACAAGGCCUUCCGAUUGCUGUUUUUUGCUAUUUUUCCUCAGCACCACGAAUAUUGGCCUGGUUUGUGACCGACCAAGGGCUAGAUUCUGGCAACGAGCUAUUGUGAUAAUCAACAGAAACAACAACGGUACAAAACGAAGGCAGGAUUGGUUUUCAAGACCCCCUCUGUCGUCGCUGGACAUGCAACAUGUCGGGGUUGUCUUGACCGUACUUGCUUUGCGCAGGGCCUGUUUUUUUUUCUUCUUUUUCAUGCGUGGGUUUUCCCCCCCCAUCUGACCAGUGCCGUAUUCUCGGAGCACUGCUGUUUCACACGAGAGGGUGUAAUCGUUCACGGUAGUUUAGCAGAAUCGCGUCGCCUUCAAGACGAAUAUAACCGACGGAUAAGUGGAGGUGCUACAAGAGCGGGACAAGGAGAUAACGGAGUUCUUAGAGAAGUUCGACCAGACCAAGCAGGAGGCCCUCG